AUGAAGCUCAUCACGUCGAUUUCCCUUUCUGCAAUCCUCCUCGCCGUCCAAGUGGCAGCUCAGGACUAUAACCCCAUUGGACAGCCUUGCGACUCCCCUGGCGCCGAGGGAUGUAACGCCAACCCCAGCCAAAACGGUGGCAACGCGUACAUUUACCAGUGUGGUCCGGCCGACACUUUUGUUUACCUGGCGGGAUGCGCGUGCCCGACCUGCUGCUCGGCCACCGCGACAGGCGCUUACUGCACGUAA